CCCCCUCCCCCGGCUGCUAUCAUAUAUAUCUUCUUAAGUUAAUUCUAGUACCGCAUCUCCCUCUAUUGGGUUCGGAUUUUCUCUCAGCUCCUUGCUCUUUAAUCCUCCUCCUCUCUCAAGUCUCAACAAGCCCAAACCCUGUGAGCGAAUCUGAGGGCACCCACCCGUGUCCUAAUUGGCGGAAUCAAUGUCACCAGGAGCGGCCUCGAGGGGUACGGAGGUCAUUUAGGGGGAGAGGGAGAGCAAAUGGAGUGAGAGAAAAGGAGACCCCGCUAGGUCCUUCCAGGUAGAUUGUCUCCCGGUCCCGGUCCCGGUCCCGGUCGCAGCCGCAGCAGCCGGAGGAGGAGGAGGAGGGAGAAGCAGCUCAGGAAGGAAGAGAAAAGGGGAGAGAGAUAGAAAGAAAGGGAGCAAGAGCAGUUUUUGUUUUUUAAAUAUAUUAUUACAUUUCUUUUCUUUUUCUCGACCGACGACAGACGGGGAGGAGAGGAUAGGAGAGGAGAGACUAGAGAAGAUCGAGAAGAGUGGGAGACUCGCCCGCCCUUCUCAUCACUACCACGUCUUUAUUCCAGUGGCCGGAUAGGAAGAAAAAAGACGAGAAGAAAAAUCGCAACUUCAUCCAACCACUCCGUUUUCUCUCUCCUUCUCUCUGGUGGUGCCUUCUGUUGCUCUCCGUCCGUCCGUCUCUCUAGCUAGCUCGCUAGUAUAUAUAUGAAUGGAAGCGAGGGAGAACGUCGUGGUGAGCGGGCCUUCUGAAGCUGGAGGAGGAGGAGAUGGAGCGAAGGACUCUCCGUCUUCCACCCCAUCUCCAUCUCCGACUCCGUCCCCGCCAGCUUGCUCGGGCGCGGUAGGGACGGGAGCUGUGGUGCCGCCGCCGCCGCCGCCUGUCAUGGGGAUGGCGACGAGCAUGAGCAUGGGCAUGGGGGUAGGGAUGGGGAUGGGGAUGGGGAUGGGGAGCGGCGGCAGCGAGGACCUUGCCCGGAAGAAGCGGGGGAGGCCCCGGAAGUACGGGACCGAUGGGAGCAGCAUGUCCCUGGCGCUCUCUCCCACCUCCUCCUGCUCCCCUUUCUCUCCCGUCGGCGUCGACUUCUCUGGCAAACGGGGUAGAGGGCGGCCACCAGGCUCCGGCAAGCGCCAGCUCCUUGCAGCUCUCGGCGAGUGGUUUGCGUACUCGGCUGGAGGGAAUUUCACACCGCAUGUCGUGACCGUAGGCACAGGGGAGGAUGUUGCUGCAAGGAUACUCUCCUUCUCCCAAAAGGGCCCACGGGCGAUUUGCAUUCUCUCUGCAAAUGGAGCCAUCUCCAACGUCACUCUACGCCAGCCUGGUUCUUCUGGCGGCACCUUGACAUAUGAGGGUCGCUUUGAGAUUCUAUCUUUAUCUGGAUCCUUCACAGUCACAGAAACUGGUGGCGUACGUAGCAGAAGCGGUGGGAUAAGUGUCUCACUUGCUGGCCCUGACGGUCGUGUGGUUGGUGGAGGAGUCGCUGGAUUGCUGCUUGCCGCUAGUCCAAUUCAAGUGGUGGUCGGGAGCUUCUUGCCGAACACUUUCAAGGAGCAUAAAAGGAAGGCUGCCCCGGAAUCGGCGUUCUCACCAAUUCCAGCAUCUACUGGAGUAUUGACAGCGGCAAGGCCAAUAACUCAGGCAACUCCUGAUGAUGACUGCGAAACCCCGAGCGCAACAGUACCUGGGCAAGGCCGCGGGGAUGCGGAAAACAGCAUGAGCAACCCCCCAAACCCAAACUCCUCUUCUUUCCGGACGGCAGAUUGGCAUGGUCUGCAGUCAUCGGGGCACAAACCUUCACCAGAUAUCAACAUAUGCUUACCCGCGGAGUAGAAUCGAGAUAGCUGUAUCUUUCAGUCCUAACGCUAGCAUGCGGUUCUAACAUGCGGAGUGAUGCUUGCUUCAUUAGGUUGUUAGGCUAGGGGGCAGAUCACAGUUCAGCGAGUAUGUCAGGACCGGGGACCUGAUGACCGGUUGGGUUUGCUAUUAUCUUUCUGAUGUUAAUGUCCGUAACCACUGACCUAAGAGUCUCUGGGUGUCUGUUGUUCCUGCUGGUUCUUUUGUCAUUCGUCUAGUGGUAGCUUGAGGGGACCGGUGUUUUGUCCAUGGAUCUGCUUCUCAAGUGGUUGAAGGUUAUGCAUUGGAUGGAAUUCAUGAAAACUGCUACUGCUUCUGCUGAGA